UGGGGUUGUAUUGGUGGGGGAGCACAUUGCCCAGGACCGCAUUGGCUCUGGUGUUUUUCUUUUUUUUCCGCAAGGGUCCCAAACUAUACCGAGAUUUGGAAUAUUACGUUACAGUCCUGCAGGAAAAUGGCGACUGUCAUUCAAAAUCCUCUAAAAUCGCUCGGUGACCAGUUCUAUAGGGAGGCCAUUGAACACUGUCGCAGCUACAAUGCCCGACUGUGUGCCGAGCGCAGUGUGCGCAUGCCCUUCCUGGAUUCGCAAACGGGCGUUGCACAGAACAACUGCUACAUCUGGAUGGAGAAGCGCCACCGCCAGCCAGGCCAAGCAGCCGGACAGAUGUAUACCUACCCUGCUCGAUGCUGGAGAAAGAAGAGGCGACUCCACCCUCCUCUGGAUCCCCAGCUCCGCCUGUGUGAGCUUCGUCUAGAAGCUGAGCUUGCCCCAAAGCGGGAGGUGCCCCCGGGGGAGGCCACAGCCUUGGAGGCCCUCCUCAGGGGGGACAGCCUGCUGGAGAAAAAGAACAGCAUCUGUAAGGAGGAGGAGACGUUGCUGGAAAUACAGAGAGUACUGGAUGCGGACGAGAAUGGGGACGGUUUCAAUGAUGAGGACGACUUCGAACUGGACACUCCAAAGAGAAAGAACAGAAACAGAGGCAAAAACAGAUCAAGUCGCAGGAGAACAGAUCCCGUCAACACCGACGACCAGGACAAACCUUACGUCUGUGACAAUAGACACAAACAAAAGCAUAACUCAAAAAAGGCUGAAGAAGUCUGUGGGAAGCGCUACAAGAACCGGCCCGGCCUGAGCUACCACUACACCCACACUCACCUGGCAGAGGAGGAGGGCGAGGAGGAGAAAGAACCAGAGAUGAGCCCAUCUCCUCCACGGAGCGCAGACAACCACAAACCUCAGAAGGCUGCAGACGGUUCCAUCAUCCCCAACGACUACUGCGACUUCUGCCUGGGAGACCAGGACUCCAACAGAAAGACAGGCCAGGCCGAGGAGCUGGUGUCCUGCUCUGACUGUGGACGCUCCGGUCACCCAACAUGCCUGCAGUUCACCGACAACAUGAUGACGGCGGUGAGGACGUACCAGUGGCAGUGCAUCGAGUGCAAGUCGUGCAGCCUCUGUGGAACCUCAGAGAACGAUGACCAGCUGCUGUUCUGCGAUGACUGCGACAGAGGAUACCACAUGUACUGCCUGAAGCCUCCGAUGCAUCAGCCUCCGGAAGGGAGCUGGAGCUGUCACGUGUGUCUGGCCCUGUUAAAGGACAAGGCCUCAGCCUAUGGAGAAGCAUAACACAACGUCCUCAACCAUUUCUCGACACGCACAUAUACAAGACAUAUAUUUGUCUACACACAUAUAACUGCCCACACAUAAGCAAAAGCUUUAUCUCAUAUCAAACACACACACAAACACACACACCCACACACACAUGUUGAAACACACACUCCAGUUCAUUAGCAGGCUCAGGGCAGUUUCCUGUGUGAGGCGCAGGCAUCCUCUACCUCUCAUGAAGCCACAGCAACACGCCAGAUGCGAACGCCACGACACGACACGCGAUCUCGACCAGAAGACAGCGAACAUGCCAUUCAGUCAUCCCUCUACCUCCCCACUCGGCAAUCAGCAGACAGCAAGAGUCCCAAGCAAGAGAGUAAAAAAAAGGUGGAUACACAAAUCGGCCACAAUGUUAGAAAACGCGGGGGAAAUGAAAGAUGAAAAGCGAAAGUAUUUUGUAAAGCGACUGAUAUUGUGGCUGAGCUGUGUUUGGAGCUGUUUCAUUUGCCUCCCUCGCUGCUCGGACUCUACAGCGGGGGAACCUGAGUGGGUUUUGACUGAUUGUUUGUUUAAAUCUCUCCUUCCAGCUCCAGCCCCUCUCUCGUGUUUAAACUUCACGGUGACAUUCCUACAGUAUAUGUCCUUAUAUCUGGACAGACUCAGUGUUGGUUAUGCCGUCUUUCACAGUAUUUGUCAGGCCGGGCGGAAUUUACGUCCGAUGCUGAGGGGAAACGCGCAGUAAAGCGGCCUCGACUGUCACUCCGUACGGAUUGUGUUGACAUGUUCAAUCCGCGUCUGUUUUCUGUAUCCUUGUAGUUACUAGGAUACCACGGUGCUCACAUGUAAGACUUUACACAAGAUUUAACAUGUCUUUAAAUAGAAUGAAACAUGUAUUCAUGCGUUGCUGAUAGUGCACCAAUGUUACUGUUAUGAAGAUGAUGAUUACUGUAAAUCAGUGGUUCCCAGAAUUUUACUGUCACGCACCAAAUGGACAACACAAAGCUUAUAUGGCCUUUACCCCACCACAAGCAAACAUGCACAUUAGAAGCAUUUCUGUCAUCUGGUAACAAUACUGGUGACAAAAGAAGAAAUGUAUUGAAAUAACAAUAUGAAGAUGAACUAUAUUUUCUUGUGUUCAAAUGAAUAAACAAGAGCCUUUUCACUGUCAUAUCAUAAAACCUUGGCUCCAAUAAAGUUAAUGUUCCGGUGCUGAAAUGGAGUUUUUGUAAGCCGUAACACCACAUCAAGUCGUUUGGAGGGUUUUAAGUAAUUAGAUUACAACUAGUUUAUUUCAUAGAAAACACAUAGACAUGCUAAUUAAUCCUUUCUUCUGACUCUUGGGUUUUGGGUUUUUUACAAAGGUCACGGGAAAAAAGUCUAGUUUUCCAGACUCUUUGUCUACCAAGUACUGCGAGUGCACCGUUUAAACAGCUUCAGCAUGAGGAACCAGAAGAACCCUCAGUAAUGUGCAUACCUCUGCGGAGGCCCAACACUUAACCACAUUUAAAUUCACUAGAUCUGGAUUUUUAUAUGAAUCUGCAAACAAACUGCACACAAUCGUAGACAUUAGCCCCCCCUAAACAUGCUUGAAUUUCAUGAUCUGUGAAUUAUUCUCAGAGAAGUCAGUGAACAUGAUGCAAAAACUUGCAGAGUUAAAGGAAGUGAAAACAUUUUCCUCCACAACUUGAUCUGGAUGUGUGACAAGAUUUAGUCGGUUUUGCUAAAAGACAAACAACAAAUACAGAUUAAAACAUAACUUUAUUUGACAGGGGUAAAAAUCCCAAAGCUACAAUAGGACUAUUUAUAUUGUAAAUUUCAUGAUGGGGGUCAAUUGAUGUUGUUAGUUACACUUGUGUUGGGCAGGUAAAAUACUGUGCUGUGAAAAAAGGCUCUUCACCUUUGCACAUUCCACCUGGGUCCUAUUCGCCCCUCCAAAGGGCCCCACGCCACGGUUUGGGAACCACUGCUGUAAAUUCCUCAGUUCAACAUGUGUUCAUUCAUCCAAUCUCCAUUCAUCAGUGUUUGGAGGAGGCCCUCCAUGUCCUGAGGAGGCAGUAUUUACUGGUGUGUUGUAUCUGGAAGUUGGCACAGUUAAUGUAAUAAUAUUUUUACAGUUUUUUCCAUUUUCAUUUUGCCGUUUCUACCAUAAAAUAAAAAUCUUCAUCGAUUCAAUGUUUUGUUUUUGUAAUGUGCAAACAUUUGUUAGCACUAACUCAAAACAUCCCGUAAAACAUGUUUGCUCAUAAACAUCCGUAUCGUACACAUGGUGUGUAAGCCUUGACAGGAUACCAAAUUCUGCAUUUGGGUGUUUAGCUAUUGUGAAUUUGUAUUUGAUCUUGCUUUUCCACCGACAAUCAUGAGCAGAUAUAUGGUGUUCAUAACAUACAGAGGUUCUUUUUUUUUUUUUGUAUUGUGUUUUUCAAUUGCAGGCAUAAUGACCCUAUGUGUCUUCCUUCCUUCACUAUUAUUUGAUGCCAUCACCUACAGUGAUUCAAAAUGUAUGGUGUAUUUUGUUAAAGUAAAUUUUAUGUUUUGUGCCGAAUUAAAACACUUUUCAAUCGUU